AUGGUGCUGUCCUUGAGGCUGCUUGUCAAGACUGUCCGCACGGGCGUUGGAGCGGUGCGCUGGCAGCGAGUUCCUUCUCAGACUGCCAGCUUUGCCCGGCUGGAAGGUGGAGCCAUACAUGGGGCAGCACCAAUAGCUCCGUCUGUACCCUUUGUCCGGCAGGAACGUAUGGGCCACACCAGGGACAAUUUCAACAGAAUGCUUGCCAUCGUUGUCCGGCUGGCAGGUGGAGAUCAGAACCAGGUGGGUCUUCAGUUGAGAACUGCAGCCGCUGCCCAGUGGGUACGUGGAGCAAUGUCUUCGGAGCAAGCGUGCUUCUGCUCGAAAGAAUGUUUUUGGUCCCCUCCACCACCACUACGGACCACGUCUCUGGACAUCCUCCCUACGCUGCCCUAG